AUGCAAAUUUAUAUUUCUGAGUUCGGCAAAGAAAGAGUUGAAGCCGAAAAAACCAAAGGACCGGCAAUCGACUGGGCAGCAGCAGAGCGACCUCGGCGCAAGCGAGCAGCAGCAGCAGCAGCAGGAGCAGCAGCAGCAGCAGAAGCAGCAGCAGAAGAUGGCGGCAGCAGCAGCGAGGAGGAGCAGCAAGGCUCAGCAGAGCAGGAGAAGGCUGUUCAAGAAGUCUUAAGAAGAUACCAAGUCGAACGUUCACGGUACUACUACGCCAUUUGUGAGACGGACUCUGCGGAGACAGCCCAACUUCUGUACGACGAGUUGGAUGGCUGCGAGCUUGGGUUUGCACUGAGCGGCCUUGAUGUACGAGUUGUCCCGGAAGACUUGGAGCUGCCUAAAGAGAAUCUGAUAGCUGAGGAGACACCUGAAGGUCUGACAGCAGCAGCAGCAGCAGCAGCAGCAGAACGACUAGAAGCAGCAGCAAAGCAAAGCAGCAGCGCCCUUAAGCACUGCAAAGUGCAACUGACUUGGGAUGAAACCCCAAAAGAAAGAUUCAAAUUCCUAAGAAAAAAAUUCACAGCAAAGGAGUUGGGUGAACAAGACUUUGACGCCUUCCUUGCUUCUUCUGAUGAUUCUGAAGAAGAAGAAGAAGAAGACGAGCAGCAGCAGCAGCAGCAGCAGCAGCAGAAGGGCUCAGCAGGGCAUCGCUGGAAGAAAAUAACGGAGGAUAACUUAGCCAGUUACAGACAAGAACUCCUCGGGGAGUUAGCUGAGGAUUCAGGCUUCUCAGAUGAAGAAGAAAAUACACGCAGCAAAGCAAGCGGUGGUUUGAAUGUCGUUUUCGAGAAGUCUUUGGAGGCCCUGGCGAGCGACAGCGAUGAAGAGGCCCCUACAGACAAACUGCAGCAGCAGCAACAGAAAAAGAAGCAGCAGAAGCAGCAGAAGCAGCAGCAGAAGCAGCAACGCGGAGAAGCAUUUGGAGAUUCAGCCGCUUCGCCGUUUGCUGCAGCGAACAAAAAGAAACGAAGUCAAAAACAAGUAAGCAGCAGCAGCAGCCGUAGCAGCAGCAGCAGCAGCAGCAGUAGCAGCAGCAGCAGCAUUAGGAGCAGCAAUAGCAGUAACAGCAGCAGCAGCAGUAGCAGCAGCAGCAGCAGUAGCAGUAACAGCAGCAGCAGUAACAGCAGCAGCAGCAGCAGUAGCAGCAUCAGCAGCAGUAACAGCAGCAGCAGUAGCAGCAGCCGCAGCAAUAACAGCAGCCGGUGUGUUGCUCUGUACAUAUUUAUUGAAGAAAGGCACUUUGAUAUGCGGGAGCAGCAGCAGCAGGAAAGAAAAAGAAGAAAGCGAGCAAACAAACAAACAGACGAUGAUGACAGCAACCGCAUGCAGCAGCAGCAACCAGGCUUCAAGCUUGACUUGAAUGACCCUCGCUUUUCUCGUGUGUUGGAGUCCUCUUCAUUUUCUAUAGAUCCGACAAACCCUCUGUUUAAGAAAUCAGAGACGUCGCGUUUGCUGCUGCGGGUGCGGCGGGAGCGCAGCCACAAGCACAAAUUCAAGGCCUCGCAGCAGCAGCAGCAGCAGCAGCAGCAGCAGCAGCAGCAGAAAGCUGCUGCUGCUUCAGCCGCUAAGCCUGAACCUCUGCGGGGCCUUCGUCUUGUUUAG